CGGAGGCAGAGCGGAGCAGAGCAAACCGGAGCCGUUCGCCGCGCUUCUCGAGAGCUAAAGCGAUGCCCUCGCCGCGGCGGCGGGUCGUGCACCUCCGCCGGUUGUCUUCGUCGUCGGAGGUGGAGGCGGAGGCGGCGAUCGCGGUGGAGGGCGGGUGCGGGGUGGACCUCGCCAUGGUGGGACGCGCACUGGGGCUGGACCCGGCCACCGUCCGGCUCAACGGCUACUUCGUCAGCCGCGGGGCCGGGCACGUCUCCUCCGCCGUCACGUGGCGAGCGCUCCUCGCCUUCUUCGCCGCGCGCGGGCUGCCCACGGGCGCCGGACCCGCCGCGCCCGUUGCCGUCCACGGGAACCCCGCGCCACCGCCUCCUCCUCCUCCCCCAGAUCUUACAACCGAUGCCCGCUCAAAGCGAAAAUUUGGGUUGGAUGCCGGAAGAAAUCCCAAGAAGAGCAAGCACUCUGAAGAUGGAGCUCUAUCUACAACUGGGGACGAGCUACUUAGCGAUGAAAUCACCAUUGGUUUGAAGAGAAGACUUAAAUUGGAAGAUGCCAGUCCAGCCAAGAAGAUAAAGCUAGUAGAACGUACCACAGAAACACAACAGCCAGUCAAAUUCUCCUGCAGCUUCAUCAACGGGCACGGGAAGCGGUUACGCGAUGAGGACUUGAUUACCUCAUUAUCAUGCAAAAGAGCCCGAUGAUUGGAAAUCUUUAUCGCAGAAAGGGAUCGAGGCUACUUGAAGCUGUGGCAAACAAACUUUUUGACGUUGUUGUACAAUGGAGCAUUUUCCACCGAUGUAUUAUCUCUGUUAAUGUAAUAUAAUAAAUUCUAGUUUUAGAAUCUUGUAAAUCUUACGCAUGUAAAGCAGUAUGCAUUAUGCCAGUCAUAUCUCUCGGAUGCAUAAAAUUCACAGAAA